AACGAGUGAUGAUGGUAAGUUAAUGUAUCACCUAAUAAAUAAACAUAAUUGGGUCAAAUUGGAACAAUCUUUACAAAUGUGUCAUAAAAUUCAAAUACAAAUCAGACAACUUUCAUCUCUUUUUAAUCACCCAAUCCACACAGUCCACAACUUAUGAAACAAACCAAACUUCUUCCUCUUCUAUUUUCUUGACAGUCUGCUCCCACUUUCUUGAUUCUUCGUCUCUUUUCUUUCUUUAGACUGAAUCUUUGAUUUUCCUUCUUUUUCUUUGAGGAAUUCAAGGCAAUAAGUUUGGACUUCCCUAACACAGCAAAAGCAAAAAACAGAGAUAUAGAUGGACCCUAUCUUUCAAACUUUGGCACCCAAAUCUUCUGUUUUCCUUUGAAUUCUUCUCCCCAAUCUAAUCUCUAUGCUCUCGUUUUUGAACAUUUCUUGAAUCUUGAGCCUUGUUCUCUUUUUUUUUUAUUUCUUUGACAUUUUGCUUAAAUCUGACAGCCACCACAUUUCAUAUCUAAUAUUUCCUUUUAUAAAAUUCUACACGCAAUGACAUGCCAUGAAUAGAUGAUCCCAUUAAUCUCUCUCAUUCAAACUCCAAAAACGGUAACGUUCUUGAUAUAUGGAAUCAAAAAACAGGGAGCAGUGCAAGAUCAGAAAGAGAGGCAACUCGUCGUCUUCAUCGUCAUCAGUAGUCCAAAAAUACAGAUUCAAGAGAGCAAUUCUUGUAGGAAAGAGAGGCGGGUCUUCUACACCUGUCCCCACUUGGAAAACCGCUACGAAAUCUCCGGCUUUAUCAUCAUCCAUGCCGAAUGCAGAGCCCCCGCCCUCGCAGACCAAAGAAGCUUCUGUUUCUGCAAGAAAAUUGGCUGCCACUUUAUGGGAGAUCAAUAAGAUCCCUGCACCCAAUGGUUUGCAUCUUGUAGGAGAUACCAAAGAGCUUAAAAGCAGAGAAAAAGUUGCAAAAUAUCCACAUUUAUCAGAUCCUUCGUACACUCCUACUUCAGAGAAGAUGGAUCGAUCGAGUAGAGCACAAAAUGCUAGUUUCAUGGAGAUUGAAGGUCAUAAUGCUAAAGGUAGGACUCGUAGGGAAUGUUUGAAGGAUGUUAGCAAUGGUUUAACCGCAUCCAAGGAGCUUCUGAAAGUUCUAUAUCGUAUUUGGGGUGUUGAUGAGCAGCAUUCAUCAGCUGUGUCUCUUGUCUCAGCACUUCGUGUUGAGAUCAAUCGAGCCCGCGUCCAGGUUGACCAACUGAUCAAAGAUGAGAGGUCUAACCGCAAUGAGAUAGAGUGCAUUGUGAAGCAUUUUGAGGAAGAAAAGGCAGCUUGGAAAAGCAAAGAGCGGGAUAGAAUUCGCAAUGCCAUAGCAUGCAUUUCAGAAGAGCUUCAAGUCGAAAAGAAAUUGAGAAAACAGACAGAGAGACUGAAUAAGAAGCUUGGAAUGGAAGUAGCAGAUGUCAAGGCAUCUCUGUCUAGCGCAUUAAAACAAGUUGAGAGUGAGAAGAGGGCAAAGGAGAUAUUGGAGCAAGUAUGCGAUGAGUUAGCCAGAGGUAUCGGACAAGAUAGAGCUGAGGUCGAAGAAUUGAAAAGAGAAUCCGCAAAAGUUAAGGACGAGGUGGAAAAAGAAAGGGAAAUGCUUCAGCUAGCUGAUGUGUUGCGUGAAGAAAGAGUGCAGAUGAAACUCUCCGAGGCUAGAUAUCAUUUUGAAGAGAAAAACGAAGCAGUUGAGAUGCUAAAGCAUGAGCUUGAGUCAUACCUGCAACAAAAAGUUGGUGAAGGAGAAAAAGGUGGUGGAUCUCCGAAUUAUGAAAGAAUCAAAGAACUCGAGGCUUAUCUGAAGGAAAUCCGACAAGGCUCAUGCCCAAGGAUUGAGACAGAAGAAAAUGAAGGGGUAGCAGAAAAUGGACAUGCUCAUGAUGAAGAUGAGUCGGACAAUAGUGAUCUUCACUCCAUUGAAUUAAACAUGGAUAACAACAGCAAGAUCUACAAGUGGAGUUAUGCUUGUGAUGACGGUGUUGCAUCAGACAGAGAUUUGAAGGGGAGGAAAUCUAUUUCUGACAAUAUUCAGUGGGGAAGCAUUUGUUUACAGAGAGGAAAUUCGUAUAGUGUUGAUGGUCCUGACAGUGAUUUUAUUAGUAAAAAUCAAGAAAUUUUGAAAUCAUCCCAUAGAGAAAGAUCUGCUGAACUUGAUUCACAUUCACAGACACAAGAUCAUGAGUUAGAUGGAAUCAUGCAAUAUAAAUCCGUCAUUAAUAGCCUCCGAGAUCAUAUUCUGUCCGGCGCUAGAAGGCAACCGAUACUAAGCUUUGCCAGUCCAACGCGGCCUUGGCAAGAUUCUGGCAGCGAAGUUUCCGAUAGUUCACCAGUACUGCAAGGUGAUAGUUUGAAGCCUCGCGUAAUGGGAACAAAAGGUGAACGGCGGAGUUUAACAAGUUCAAGACAUUAAAUUAUCUUGUUUUUACAGAAAUGUUCAAAACCUCACAGCAAGCAAGCUGUUCAUUUACAUAAGUCAAUUGUGAAACGUCAGAAUGUAAAAUAGAAGUUAUAUACAAGCUGUGUCAACCACAAUUUCAUUC